AUGUCGUUUGAGCGGACCGGAUCCGGGUCCGGGUCUGCUGGCCCUGACCUGGCACCCGAGGGACAGCAGGAAUCACAGCAUCUCCAGCAGCACGCGGAUCCGUCAAUCGCCAAACUCACUAGAGGGACGAGCUGUGUGCUCUGUCAGCAGCGCAAAGUACGCUGCGACAAGAACAAGCCGUGUGCGAACUGUCUCAAGGCCGGUGUGGAGUGCAGGGUGGUUCCUCCGCAGCCGCCAAGGCGCCGGAAGAAGCGGCUGCACGAGAAAGAUCUGGUGGAAAGACUGAAGAAAUACGAGGCCUUGCUGGCAGAGCACGGCGUCAAGUUUGAUGCCAUUGGGCACAGCAUCAGGGCCGAUGGUCCGCAUCCCGAGGACCUGGAGGAUCUGGAGAAUGACUUUGAGGGGUUGAAGACGAGUCCCGCGGCGAGCUCGUCACCUUCUGCGACUUCACACAUUGACAAGUUCGUGACAUGUCCUGUCUUGGCACACGCGUAUAUGAGGACAUGUGCUAACCAGACGGUGGAUAGGCCCGGGCGGUCGAUAUUCUCCCUUCACAGAGAACCAAAGUUUCGGGCGAGUGAACAACUCCUCCACGACUCCUCCGACGAUGAAGCCGACGAAUCCACCAUCCACCGUGCCUUUGACAAAAUGUUCUCCAACAAUGACGGCUUUCCCUUUGUCUUUUCUGGCCGCCAGCAGUCCACCACACACUACCACCCCUCUACCAUUCACAUCUUCCAGCUGUGGCAGCUCUAUAUUGAUAAUGUCAACCCGCUUCUCAAAGUCACACACGUCCCCAGCGUCCAGAGCCAAAUCAUCCAGGCAUCUUCCAACCUGGAGAGCGCCCCGAAAAACCUCGAGGCUCUCAUGUUUGGCAUCUACUGCAUGGCCAUCACCUCACUGGACGACGCGGAUGUAGAGAAGAUGCUGAACCGUCCCAAGAAGGAAGUGCUGGCGCAGUUCUUCGAAGGCCUGCAGCAGGCAUUGCUGAACGCCGGGCUCAUGAGAUACAAUGACUUUCUUUCCCUCCAGGCAUAUGUGUUAUACCUGUUUGCCGUCCGAUGGUUUGUUGACCCUCGCCAAGUCUUCUGUCUCAUUGGCAUAGCCGUCCGCAUAGCCCAAAGAAUGGGCCUUCACCGCGACCCAGCCGGCUACGGUCUCCCGCCCUUCGAAGUCGAGCAGCGCCGCCGCCUGUGGUGGACCAUUGUCAGCUACGACCGCCGCAUAGGCGAGAUGACGGGCUCGACGAUCACCGGCCUCUCCAGCGGCGGCGACUGCAAGCUCCCCCUCAACGUAAACGACUCGGACCUCCACGCCGACGGCAAGGAGCUCCCCUCGCCGCACAACGGCCCAACAGAGAUGCUCUUCGCACUGACACGGCUAGAGCUCGCCAUGGCUGUCGUGAGCAACUCGGACCGCGACAGCGCCAAAGUCAACCCGGACAAAACAAGCCCGUCCCCUUCAGCAGGCCCCAAGCAGCCCUCCUCGGCGCCGACGAUCCGCAUCGCGGGCCAGGAUUCGCCCUCGUACACCCUCGAGGGCUUCUGCGCCCACAUGGAGGGCACGUACCUCCAGCACUGCGACCCCAAGAUCCCCCUGCACUUCUUCACGCUCACAAUGACGAGGCAGGCGCUCUCCAAGAUGCGCGUCAUAAACUACCUCAUGCGCAUGUACGGCACCGACGAGCCCCUCAACGAGAUGGAGCGCGACAACCUGUUCCUGCUGUCUGUGCAAAUGGUCGAGUACGACAAUUCCGUCCACUCCUCCGACGCCCUCAAGCCGUUCAAGUGGUUUACAGCGCACCACUUCCCCUUCCCGGCGUACAUGUUCCUCAUCCAGGAGCUUCGCCGGCGGUGCUUCGGCCCCGUGGUCGAACGCGCCUGGGGGGCCAUCGCGGCGAACCACACGUUGCGCGGACUGAUGAACAACCUCCAUAGUCCGAUGCACACCGCCUUUGGACGACACUUUAUCAAGGCGUGGGACGCGCACGCCGAGGCAUGCAUGGCGAAUGGCAAGGAGUCGCCCCCCGUGCCAGCAUUCAUCGCGGUUCUCCGCGAAAGAGCCGAGGUCCGACGCAGGGCAAAGAUGGAGAAUCGACCAGAGCCCCAAGUACACCAGGAGCCGUACGACUUGCCUCGCCCGGGCCAGGGCGCGUCGCCGGAUGCGCAUGUCACCAUGACGCCGCCGAGCGUGGGACCGCCGUUGGGAAGCAGUGCCGCGAGUAGCAUCUGUAUUGGGGACGCGCCGGCGCAUGAUGCGUCAGAUAUGGACUGGAGUUAUCUGGUUAAUAACUUCCAGCCGGGGAUGGGUAUGCCAUUUGGGGAUGGGUUUCAGGGCUUUGAUGACUUUGGACCGUUUGGGCCCGGGCCCGGGAUGAAUAGGAUGGGCGGACCCGGGCCGGGGGAGAUGUAUUAA